AUGUUGUCAGCGUUCAAAAGAUUGGCUGGUAAGCACGAUGGGGUUGUUAACACAUCACCUAGACCUGCUCAUCAAUCAAUGCCAACGACAUUGCAGAGAAAAUUUUCUAAAGGAGUCCAAUAUAACAUGAAAAUAAUCAUCAAGGGUGAUAGAAAUGUUGGUAAAACAUGUUUAUUCCAUAGACUGCAGGGCCAAAAAUUUACAGAAGAAUACAUUCCAACGGAAGAAAUCCAAGUAACAAGUAUCCAGUGGAACUAUAAAACCACCGACGAUGUCGUGAAAGUAGAAGUGUGGGACGUAGUUGACCGUGGAAGGCGUAGGCGAAAAUUAGACGGCUUAAAAAUGGACAAUGCUCCAUCAGACGCGAUUAUCGAAGAGCCAGCACUCGACGCAGAAUUUCUGGACGUCUACAAGGGGACCAACGGCGUGAUCGUGAUGCUAGACGUCACAAAAUCCUGGACAUUUGACUAUGUGCAGCGCGAGCUGCCGAAAAUUCCCGAUCACAUCCCCGUAAUAGUCCUGGGAAAUCAUUGCGACAUGUCUCACCACCGUACAGUCACCUCAGAUCGCGUGACUUAUUUUAUCGAUUCUCUGACUGAAAGAACCGCUCAAGUGCGUUACGCCGAGUCUUCGAUGCGUAAUGGUUUCGGAUUAAAAUUGCUGCACAAAUUCUUCAACCUUCCAUUCCUGCAGCUGCAACGCGAGACACUGUUGAAGCAACUUGAGACGAAUGAAGAAGAAACCCAGCUUACUAGUCAGGAGUUGGAUUUGUUUCAAGAGAGCGACGACGCUGAUUACGAUAAAUUCUUGGACAAUCUUGUAAAUCGGCGACGUGCUGUCGCUGAAUCUGUAUCAGCGAAUAUUCUAGUCCCAAAUGUAACGUCAUCAUUAAGCACACACCACGCAUUGUCUUCCAGUAAUAGUAAUAAUAAUUUUAACGAUGUUAGAAGAUCUAAUUCAAUGCCUGGACCGAUUGGUGGUGGUACUCCCAUUCCUGUUAAAUCUUUUGAGGCCAAAGUAAUACCAAAAAAAGAAACCAAGACAGAUUAUAAUGGGAAAAAUAUAAUUUCUGAUGAUAAAAAGGAAAAGCAGCAAAAUUUUGUAGCUAAAAUUCUUGCUGGAAAAAAAGAUGAUGUUCCAACAAUAAAUUUAACAAAUGCAGCUAAUAAUAAAAAUUCUUCUCCGCUAGCAAGCGUUGAAGACUUUGUUCCAGACGAUGGAAUGUUAGAUAGGUCUUUUUUGGACGACAAUAAUCAGUCACCUCAAAAAACUCAGGCUAGUAGUAAUGUAGUUGAUACAGAUAGUGAGACAGAGACUGCUAACCCACUUGUUGCUGGGUAUGAAGACGAUCUUUCGUCGGCUGAUGAUGACCAUUCCGUUCCAGUAGAGCCGAGGCUUGCUGAGAAUCCUUUGAGCAAGUCUAAAAAGCGUGAUGCUGGUUCUUUAAUUGAGGAUAAAAAAAUAAUUCCGGAAAAACGCGACUCGAUAUCGUCCAUUGAAGAGCUCCAGAUAUCGAAUGGAGAUUUUGGGUCGCUGGAUCACCAGGACGGAAAUUCAGACAGGUUUAAUAGUUGGUUGAGUCGGGACUCCAAGUGGCGGCAGAGUCCCGAGGGUGGAGAAGAUGUUAGUAGCACUGGAACUAGAAAAGAUAAAUUGGAUGUCAGUGAUAAGAGUCUAGAUGUCAGUGUCACUAGUUCUAAUGUCCAUCUAGAGCUGCUGGAUAAUUCGAGUGUUAGGCAGAAUUAUGCUUAUGCUAAUUCUAACUCCAAUUCUAAUAGUCCGGUGAUGAAGGAGAAGAAGAAGAGGGAUAAGGGUGAGGAUAAAGAGAAGAGGAAGAAGAAGAAAAGUAAAGACAAAAGCAAGGAUAAGGAUAAGGGGGAUAAGAGUGAGAGGAGGAAGAAACGAUCGCAGAGAAAGGAUGAGGAUGAGGGGAAGGAUGAGCUUGAAGAGUUUUUAAAUGGACCUGCUUCGCGACCAUCUAUUGAUAUGGCUUAUGAGGCUUUGUAA